GAGAAGAUCAUUUCGUCCGCCAUUGCUAGGGAGUUAACUUCGGAUACUAGGAACCUGGCACGCUUUUUCCCUUUCCUCGUGAAAAAAAAACUAUUUUUAGUGGAAUUUGUGUUACUAUUUUUUUGAUUUUCACGAAUUCAAUUGAAUACUUUUUCAAUAUUAACAAUGAUAAUGGAGGAAAUGGAAGAGGACAAAUAUAUUGAGGUUGAUAGUAAAACAAUUAUUUUACAUACCGAUCCACCGGAGUUGCCAAGACUAACGCCAACCGGAAAAAUAAGCUAUGCAAAAACACGAGUUUAUACACAACGCUAUCGUAAAGAAUGGGAACAAACUUCUGAUUUUAAAGGAUGGUUGACGUCGGUUCCUCAUGAAACAACAAGAGCUUAUUGUAAAUAUUGUAAAAAAGAUUUACACGCACAUCGUCUUUCGUUAUUGAAACAUAUGUGUACAAUGAAACAUCAAAGAGCAGCUUUAAUGUAUCAAAAUUUAAUGCCAAGUAAAACGAAGGAUCUUCAAGAGGGUGAUAUCGAUGCAGAAUACAGCGAUAAUGAAGAAAAUAGGGAGGAAAUUGAAGAAUUAGAAGAAGGUGUCGAAUAUACAAUUGAGACAUUGGAAUCAGAGGAAGAAAUUGAUUUUCCUGAACAUAAAUAUGCACGCGAUGUAAACGAAGAUAAUAUUAAACCCCUAAAAAUGAUUAAAUUAGAACCGAAUCGUAAACGUGAUAAAUUGGCAGAGGCAAUGGCUCACGUUCAUGGUGAAGUAUCAGAAGAAAAUACCGAACAUAUACAAUUAGAUAUGGAUGUUGUAUCGGAAACUGUUGAAACAUCUGAAUUUGAUGAUAUGACAAAUGAACAACUUGAAGAGGGUCAUAAUUUAAGUUUUGUAUCAUUAAAUAGCGAAGAAGUUGAUUCACAAAUAAAUGAAAAUGACGAUGAUGAUAAUAAUGAGGGAUUAACUGAACCAAUUGAAUUUGUCGAUUCAAAUUUAUUACAAUCGACGAGUUUUAAAAAAAUUAAUCUCCCAAUGUCAAAUGCAAUUAAAAUUAAACCAAAUGGUAAUAAAACAGUUUUAUUAUCAACAAGUUCGCGUGGUGUUACAUUGGCACCGGGAAAAAAUGCAUCAGGUACACAAUAUAUUUUUAGUAAUUAUAAAUCAAAAAUUAUUGAAGAUAAGAAACCAAAUUUUGUUUCGAUUACAUCAAAAUUUAAAGAGAAUACCUCGCAAGAAGCCAGUACGAGUCAAGUGAAGAAGCAGCCAGUGAAGAUUACUAAAAAUCCCAUGCCUAUUGUGAAGAAACCGACAAUUUCAACGCACGCUUUAGACAUGACUAAAGGACUUCCAGUUGGAGGUUUGCAGGUCAGUCUCUAUAAACUUUUGGAAGGAAGAUGGACUUUUGUCAACGAAUGCAAUACUUCGCCCGUUGGACGAUGUAACGAUUUAAUCAACAGUGAAAAAAAUGCAUUGACCACAGGACGCUAUAAACUUCAUUUCGAUGUGGAUAAAUAUUUUUCAUUGAAGAAUAUUGAAUCAUUAUAUCCAUUCAUUGAAAUUGUAUUUGACGUGAAGAAUCCAGUUAUUUCUUAUCAUAUUCCUGUUUUGUUGAGUCCCUUUGGUUACACAACUUAUCGUGGAAUGGACAGAUGAGUCUUCUAUUGUAUUUUCGUUAUAUUUAAUAAGCAAUUUUUUUUUUUCUGUAUAAUUUUUUAUUCGUGAUAUAUAGUAUUAUAUAUAAUUCA